AUGAUACGGGGCGCUCGCGCACCUCCCCUCCGAGUAGCCCGGCUGUUCUGGCCUUCCCGCCGCCUAUGCGGCGACGAUUCAAGAACCGGUGUCGAGGCGCCCGGCACUGGGCAGCAGGAUGAUGGCUGCAUUCUGGAGAGAGAGGGCGAGGCGGGCCUAGAUCCGUCGACCGUUACGCCCGAAGUGCUCCUCCGCAUGCCGCCGCCGCCGCCCCUGCCCGGCCGGCCGGAGAGCGGCGACUAUGAUGCCGAAAAUUUGUCCUCUGGUUCCGUUUCCAGGCGGAGGCCCCGUGAGGAAUUGAGACUGGCAGAUAGGAUUCUCAAGGUACUGCUGCAGGAUGGCCCGGGGUUCAGCGCCCGCAAGGCGCUCGACGAAAUGAACCUGAAGGUGACCAACGAGCUGGUCAGACAGGUGAUGUUCAAGUUUGUUGUGUCUGUUGAUAGUGUCAACCGGGAGAGGUACCCGAGGCUGGCGUACAAGUUCUUCGUGUGGGCAGGGCAGCAGGAUGGGUACCGCCAUAACACGAGCAUGUACAACCUCGUUAUGAAGGUCUUUGCCGAGUGCGGGGAGGUUAAGGCGAUGUGGCGGCUGCUUGAGGAGAUGACGGAGAUUGGGCUGCCUGUCUCUGCUCGUACAUUCCACAUUUUGAUAUGCACAUGUGGGCAGGCUGGGUUGAGGCGGAGGCUGGUGGAAAGGUUCAUCAAGUCAAGUAGUUUCAACUACCGCCCGUUCAGGAGUUCGUUCAAUGCGAUAUUGCACACGCUCCUGACGAUCAAACAGUACUCUUUGAUCGAAUGGGUUCACCAGAAAAUGGUAACGGAGGGGCACACUCCUGAUGUAUUGACAUACAAUGUGGUCAUGCGUGCAAAGUAUUUGCUCGGGAAAUUGGAUCAGUUCCAUAGAUUGCUUGAUGAGAUGGGAAAGAAUGGGCUUACGCCUGACCUUCAUACUUACAAUCUCUUGCUUCAUGUGCUUGGUAAAGGAGACAAACCGCUUGCAGCUCUCAAUUUACUGAACUAUAUGAGUGAUGUUGGUUGUGUGCCAAGUGUGCUCCAUUUCACAAACUUGAUAGAUGGUCUUAGCCGUGCUGGUAACCUAGAAGCUUGCAGGUAUUUCUUUGAUGAGAUGGUGAAGAAAGGGUGUGAACCGGAUGCUGUCUGCUACACUGUUAUGAUUACAGGCUAUGUGGCAGCCGCAGAAUUUGAGGAAGCCCAGAAGUUGUUUGAUGAUAUGUUGGUGAGAGGGAAGCUUCCGAAUGUGUACACAUACAAUUCAAUGAUACGCGGGCUUUGCAUAGUAGGUGAGUUUGAUAAAGCUUGCUCUAUGCUGAAGGAUAUGGACUUGCACGGAUGCACACCAAACUUCUCAGUGUAUAGUACUUUAGUGUGUAGAUUGCGAAAUGCUGGAAAGGAUUCUGAAGCUAAUCAUGUUAUUAAGUACAUGACAAAGAAAGGCCAAUAUCUUCAUUUGUUGUCAAGGUUUGGGGGAUAUAGAAGAUGCUGA